CCCGCAACGCCGACACUUAGCAGACAGAAUGGUUCCCUUAUCUUUAUUUUACUGUCUUUUUUAUGCCGUCUUGACAGAAGGAACCACAAUCAGAGUAGAGGGAGUGGAAGGCGGGAGCGUCUCAUUCCAGUGCUCACACAGACUUGCAUGGGGCUACAACAAGUACUUCUGCGUGGAUCCAUGUGAAAGCAGCAGCAGCGUGCUGGUGACUGUGGCGCCCGGGAAACAAGCGGCGUCUGGGCGAAUAGCUCUGAUGGACUCGGGGAACGGGGUCUUCACGGUGACCUUCAGUCAGCUCCGGCUGUCGGACUCACAGAAGUAUUUCUGCGGAGUGGAACGGACCGCAGCCAUCGAUACUUACGUUACUGUAUAUCUGACUGUCAGAGAAGACCCUCACACACACCAGCCAUCAACUCCCACACCUGAGGUUUCCUCUACGUGGACACAUGGGGCCGUCAGCAGCUCAGCACAGUUUACAAGUGGACUGAAGCCCGCUGUGUCUUCAAACCUCUCAGCAGCCCCAAACUUCACACCCACAGGAGAGCAGACCAGCAGAAGCACAGAAAUCAUUCUGUAUGCCUCUAUCGGGGGAGCUGUGACCGUCGCCGCCUUGAUUCUGGUGAUAUGCAUCAGGAAGUGCACGCAACUAUCAAAGCCUCGAGCACCGGUUUGCUGCACCAGCAGGCAUGAGAACGAUGCACAUGAAAGAGAGGUCGACUAUGAGUACGACGACAUCGAUGAUAUAAAACUUUAUGUUCGAAAUGUCUCUCAAAGUACUGCCGGUGCUCAGCGACCGCCGAGGGAUUCACCUGCAUCGUCCUCCGGAGCGGCUGGAUGCCCCGCUUCGCAUCACAUCUAUGAAAAUCACUCUUUAUAUAAAACUCCCCCCAGAUCAGCGUGUUCCCCGGCCACUGCGGCGACGUCUCUGUCAGCUACCAAAACAAAGAGAGCAGGAAAACCCUCACAUCAACCCAGACGACUCAACGACGCACAGAGGCGUAAAACCAGUGCGUUGUACAAUGAAUCUGAUGAAGCCAGUCACAUUUCACUGUGGUUUGGUUUAGAGAUAUCUGUCUGAAAUUACUUUAUAUGUAAACCUGCGUGACAGUGAUUACUGCAUUUCUUAAGAGAACAGAAUGUAUCUAUUAUAUCUUGAUGCUGGAUCUUGCACACUAUCCUGUGUUGUUAUUGUGUCAUGCAUUUUUAUGACACUUUUUUUUAA